AUGGUGAAUUUCUAUCAUGACCUGGGGGUAAUUAUCAAGCACCGUAGCACAGCCAUCUUGAGUACCCAGUGGCUGAUAGACUUGUUCGGGCAGCUGAUCACUAUUCCAGAUUUUGAAGAAAUGGUAAGAAAUACAUUUUAAACAUGUUUUUAAACUUGCAAUGGUUUCUAAUGGCCCACAUUUCGGAUGACUUUACAGGUGUCUAACCGUGCUAUAGCUUAUGAACAUGAUUAUUAAGUGCGUCACACGCUAUCUCUUUGAAAAUGUUAACUGUUGCAAAUUAUUUGUGAACAGCAAAAUCGUAGUGGGUUGGCCCUCUAUUGAAUAUUUGCCCAGUGUAAAACAGUUAGGGUGGACGUUUUCUCGUGGAUAUAAUUCUGAAAUGAAGUCUUACCCAACCAAACCUAUAACAACUAAUUUCAGUAGUAAUAUAUAGAUUUAGCCAGGGCUAAAAGCGAAGCUCCCGUUAGUAAAUUCAUAAUUUAAAUCAAACAAUAAACUUGUAAUCCACAGAUAGGGCACAGUCAUGUGACUUUUGAGGCAAAUUUAGGCUAAGUGAUGUUAGAGAAAAAUAAUUUGACAGUCCAAGAGUGAAACAAAUUUUACAUCGCGUUAAUAGUCUUAUUUGUACACCCAAAAAUAGCAAUCAUGUUCGAUCACAGUAGAUUAGGCCUGGAAAACAAAUAGACCUAUUCGUGUAUUGUGUAUUGUAUUUGCAUUAGCUGUUGCAUCAUAAUGUCGCAUUCACCAGUCUCUCCAACAAUGUUCCGUUAGAGAGACUAUGGAUAAUUGGACAACCCCGAAAUAUAAUUUUAAGAUCCACACGAGCCACGAUAGUCCUUGGUGGCAGCCAAUUGACACGUUGCAUUCAUCUGUCUAAAAGGGAGGCCAGAAUAAAAAAUCAGGCCGGAUUUUUUGUGUUCGACAAGUUUAGUUUACAAGUAAAUCUGGUGGAGUGUAAACCAGCCUUUUAAACAUACUUUUUCUCAACACGUCUCCGGUAAACAGUACUAUGAGGCCCUUUUUUAUCAUACAGACCUUGGGCAGAAUUUGUUCUUUUUUUGCUCUAUCAUUCUGCUGUUUUUCACAAUUUUGUAAGACAAUUUGCACUCAUUCAAUAUCCACGACGUCAAAGCAAGCGCUUCCUUUGCAAAACAAAUUAUAGCAUUGAAUUAUCAAACGUUUUCAUGAAAAGAAUUCCAUAAUGCGGGACUUUUCCGUUAGAAAAAUCUAAUCCUAUGUGAUAUGCAGGGUAAUAAUUAUGGGCUUUUAGCAUGAAAACGAUAAAAAAAAUUCCCAAAAUCACCUUUUCGGCCAACCGGACGGGUUCUCACUUUUGACAGGCAAAUUUGCACUGCGAUUAAUAGAGUUACCAUUUACGCUUCAACACGAUAGGGAAAUUGCUACGUUUAGGUUUUAUUUCCCUUUAUUUAUUAAACUGUGUAUGUGGUUUUGUUAUGUGUAAUCUUUAAAAGCGAGUGAUAUUUACGCGCGGCGUUUUGAGUAUUCCUGUAUGCGAUGUUUAUGUUCGACUGCAAACAACCGGUGCAGCGAUAAAAAUUGCGGGAGGGACUACUAACAAUCAAUAAGAUAAAUAUAAUUCGGUGAAACAUGUACAGAGACAAUAAUUUUCAUUCACGAAGAGAAGUAUUGAGAGUAAAGUGUCUCUGAAAAUCAUGAGUCAGGUAAGCAUAAACUUGUUUAUGUUUUAAGCCGGCUUCCCGGUGUUUGCUCUUUUUCAAGAUGAACUCGAGGCAAGAAAAUCGCUCAGAGCUUUCUGUUUAUAGCCAAAAUCAUAACUAAAUAAUCUUUGGAACCUUUUCUUUGAAUUUGCGGUCAAAAAAUGUCUAAAGGCUUUUUAAACCUGAUACUAUUGUUGGUUAGAUCAUCGCUCGUGUAUAAACUUAAGCCGCAUAAACCAUACGCUCGACUUCAGGAAACCGAAAAAAAAAAAACACAUCAAAGACAAUAAUUGCUCAGGCUUACCAGUCGAGAUGCUGCUUCUGAAGGUCAUCAAGUGUUCCAGAAUCGCUGGAGACUUUUCAACCCUGUUACGCCUCAAGCAAGGACAAGUGAGGAAGCUCAUUCUUGAAAACGAUGCCAUCCGAAAUCGGAUUUCCAAUGACUUUCACAACCGGUGCAUUUGUCAACAUAAAGCGCAAUAAACAAACCAGCCAUGAAUUACAGAACAAUCUUGUUAGCAGCUGUAUUUCAUUUUGUACACCAAGUAGAGAACGACAGUUUAAAACAUCACAAGAUGACACAAAACUCUGUCAGCUCCAGCUAUCAGUAAGCAAGUUUCCAGACGCUGCAUAAAUUUUCCGCAUGAACGCACCUGUCAAAUUUUGACCAAUCAGAACAUAAAAGUUGGACGUAGAGCGUGAUCAACGCGUGACAGUGAGAAAAGUCAAGAGCGAUUGCCUAACCUGCAUGUAAAAGCGGGUUGAAUUUUCGCGUCCGAAGUCAGUUCGAAAUCAAAAUUUUAAAACGGACUCAUAAACACGACUUAUUUCAUAUGCAUUUUAAAAAAAUUGAACUAGAGCCUGCGAUCAUGUGAAAAGUAGCAACUUGUCAGCAACUUACUCAAACUCAGUGGGUCGAUACCUGAGUCCGCAAUACGGUCAGGCGAUACUGGUCAGCAGAAACACUAUUUUGACAGCUGUCAAUUAAUCAAAACAUGGAUGUACAAUAUCAGGUUGUAGGCUCUCAAAUUAGCUAGAAAGUGUGAGGUUAAACAUUGGUAUGACUGUGGCGCGGACGGUCGGGUGGUCGGUGUAAGGUCACGUGAUUGCCGAAUUUUGUAGGAUGGAGAGAUUUUCUAACCUCUGGGGCUUCGAAUUGAGCACGUGAUCAAAUAAAAUAUCAGCGCAAAACUUUAAACACUACGUGAACUCAAUGGAUAGAAAAAUGAGCCCGCGAUACACUCAGGUGAUGAUGGUCAGCGUAUACUCUAGUUUGACAGCUGUCAAUUAACCUUAAUUAGAUUGGCGAAUAUUCGAAUUAACAGACUACGAGUGUGAGUAAGGCAUAUCCGUCCGGCUUGUAGUAGAAAAUGCCAGAUCGUGUACCUCAGCGAACCUGAGCCCACGUUAUUAGUUUUCUGAUACUGGUCUGCACAUGUCCUGUUUUGACAGCUGUCAAUUGACCUUAAUUUGGCUUCCCAAUAUAACUUUAAACGACUGUCAGCCAACUGACAGCCUUGCCCAGCGUAGUUUCGUUUUUAUGUUGAAUUGGCAAGUGUGACAUAUUAUAACAGCUUAUAUGUAGGGGCAAAAAGACUGGUCUCUCAUCUGAGCCCGCGACAUAGUCAUGUGAUAAUUGUCAGCGGAUGUCUGAUUUUGACAGCUGUCAAUCUAAUCGUACUCAUACAGAUGGCUUACAUAACUGAAAGGCUAGUCAAGUUGUGCAAGAUCUAUUGUGACAUUUGACAUCGGCUUAAAUGAAGUGUGUGUACGGGUGGGCGUACGCUACGUCAUAACCAAAUUUUCUGGGAUGGAUAGUUUACCAAAUUUUCUUACCCAUGGUGCUCCGCUGCGCGCGCGCGGGAGCUCCGCUAUUAACGCCUGGUCAGCAGUCUUCCUGCAAUCAACCCGCUAUACUCGCUAUACUAUACAGUUAAUCAUUUUCACUGCACCUUCUUUCUUGAACGAUAAAAUAUCCCAAGAGGAUUCUUUUUUCAAUUUCGAAGGACAUCAGGUGACAUCACGAGGUAGCCGCCAACAAUAAAAGGAGCUUAUAACCAAUUUACCUGCAAUUUACCCUUUAUGUAGGCUCAAAGGAAUCGGACAAACAAACAGAGUGAAAAUACAUAUUGUAUAUAUAAACGAAGCCUUACUAUUUACCUCCCAAACUGAUGCACGCGUGGAGCGAAUUGCGAAAAAUUUGUAACAACGUCUCAACCUACACAAAAGGUUUGUAAGCGAGAGAAUAAAACUUGUUUACAGGAUUAGCAAUACUCGUCUUGCGUUUCAAACUUCUAAAACAACAAUUUAUAGGCCGCAAACUUCCGAAUUAAAGUCCAUAGUUAUAUAAAUGUAGGGUAAUAGGCUUUAUAAAAAAUAUCUGCGAAACCCAACAAUGGAUCGUCAAUCAGUUUACAAAAGUUAUAAAAACAAAUUAAAUCAUUCUCUGCGGACAGCAAAACGUCUAUGCUAUGAGAAGAAAUUGAAUAACGUUCAAUCUAAUACUCGUGCUACUUGGAAAGUUUUAAAUGAAAUUCUAAACAGAAGCAAAAGAAAUUCCAAUAGAUGCUCAACAUUUAAAGCUGAUGAUCGUGAAGUUACUGAUCCUGUCGAAAUUGCCAACAAGUUUUGUAGUUAUUUUUCAAGCAUCGGUCCUAAUUUAGCAAGGGGUAUACAGUCGUCAGCUUCACACCGUUGUUUUCUUAAUGGUUCCUUUACACAGUCAAUAUUCUUCAACCCUACAACUCAAGAUGAGAUCACUGUGAUUGCGAAAACUUUUCUUCCAGGCAAAGCAGCUGGCUACGACCAGAUUCCAAUGACAGUCAUUAAGGAGUCCAUUCUACUUGUUUCUGAACCACUCACCCAUAUCAUAAACUUGUCAAUCCAGCAUGGUAUUGUUCCCGAUGAAAUGAAAAUCGCUCGCGUGAUACCUAUUUUUAAAUCUGAUGAUCAGUCGCUUUUCACCAACUACCGACCUAUCUCGGUGCUUCCCAGUUUUUCAAAAUUCUUUGAAAGAGUUAUCUACAAUCGUUUAAUGCAAUAUCUGAUGAACUUCAACAUUCUCUGUAGUAACCAAUACGGCUUCAGGAAAAAUCAUUCCACUGCACUCGCGCUAAUCGACUUGCAUGAUAAGAUCUCUACUGCCUUUGACCGAGGUGAAUUUUCCGUAGGUAUUUUUCUUGACCUCUCAAAAGCCUUUGACACUGUAAAUCAUAUCAUCCUUUUUGAUAAACUCGAACAUUACGGUAUUCGUGGCUUAGCGCUGGACUGGAUAAGAAGUUACUUUUCAAACAGAAAGCAAUAUGUUGAAUAUAAUGGCCACCGUUCGUUAAGAAAUGAAAUCUCUUGUGGGGUUCCUCAGGGUUCUAUCCUCGGACCUCUAUUUUUCUUACUGUACAUUAACGACAUCAACAAUGCUUCUAAUCUAUUAAAUCUGAUAUUGUUCGCUGACGAUACCAAUGUAUUCAUGUCACAUAAAGAUCUGAACUAUCUCUCAGAUAUGUUAAACUUGGAGAUGGACAAACUGUCAAUCUGGUUUAAAGCAAACAAGCUUUCUCUAAAUCUUAAAAAGACUAAAUUUAUGGUCUUCAAACCAAGACAAAAGCGUUCAAUUUGUAAUAUUCAAAUAAGUAUAGAUAAUCAAAAUAUUGUUAAAGUAAAGGAGACAAAUUUUCUAGGCGUAAUUUUGGAUGAAAACCUAAAUUGGAAGUCGGAAAUAUCUCACGUUGCAAGUAAAGUUGCGAAGUCAAUCGGUAUAAUAUCUAGAUGCAGCUUCUUUCUUCCUAAAUCGUCUUUACGUAUGCUCUACUAUUCCUUAAUUUAUCCUUAUUUUUACUACUGCAAUAUCGUUUGGGCUUCGACCUAUGAAACUAAUCUCCGCCGCCUUGUUAUCCUGCAAAAGCGCAUUAUUAGAAUUAUUAAUAAAUCACAUUUUAAUGCUCAUACUGACCCCAUCUUUAAGGACCUCGGUAUACUAAAAUUUAAUGAUAUCCAUUUGCUUCAACUGGGCCAAUUUAUGUAUUCUUGCAAAAAUUCAUUCUUACCUCCAAAGUUUAAUAACAAUUUCUCUCAAAGCAAUCAAUUCCACUCUUACAAUACAAGAAAUUCCCAGGCCUACCGUCUACCGUAUUGUCGUACAAACACGAAGAAGUUCUCGCCCUUUUUCAAGGGCCUAAGUUUUUAAUUCACUUGACAACAAGAUCAUCAACUCUCAAUCCCUCUCCUCUUUUAAGAAAAAACUGAAGAUUAAAUUAUUGAGUAAGUAUGAAAACAGUUUAUAAACCUUUCCAUCUUCGACUUUUCGCCUUCUUCUCUUCAAUUGAUGUGAAACAGCUCUAGCUCAUAGUUCGAGGAGGCCUAACCUCUCAUAAGCUCCUAUAGUUUCUGUUAGGUCUCCUCGCCACUUUUUUUUUUUUUUUUUUUCUUUUUUUCCUAUAUUUUUUGUAAUUAGUGUGGCAAAUAAAAAAAAAAAAAAAAAAAAAAAAAAUGUCAAUUAUUGUUUCAUUGGAAGAACUUUGAAAAAUACAUGAUCUUUUAUACUCUACCUUGAAGCAGGUGAAACAGAACUCAUAAAAUUAAUUGUGAAAUACGUGCGUUGUACCGUUCGCGAUAGCCGAAUUAGGUCAAAUGUCUUGAAGCAGCAUCCACACAAAAUUAUGGAACCGUCAACAGUUGCAUCACUGUACCCAACGUUUGAAUCAUAAGGAUAUUUCAAUACUAUGCUUCAAAACACUUUUAGCCGUAAUAAAAGGCGAAAAAACUGUGAAGAAUCAAGAUGGCGCUCUCUAAGUGCCCUGGUUUGACCUUAAGCAAUGUCAUUAACGGUUAGAUGCCAAAAUCGCAUUGGUUCCUACGCAUCAAAUCAUAGUACCUUCAACCUUAUUGGCCCUGCAACAAACAUACGAACAUACAAAGCCACGAAGCCACGAAGAUACAUACUCUCACACCACUGACAUAUGAGCUAUUUUUUCAAAAUAGCUCAAAAAACGAAGAAGUUUAGCUUGUACGAAGCAGUAUUGUCUCUUACAUACGCUGACUUUCUUUUGGCUCGUUACGCAACUCUCUCCAACCAGAUUACAAGUAGUCUCUUCCUUAGGGAUAGUGGAGCGAGCGAAUUACGCGAGCGCGCGUGAAAUUUGUCAGCCUCGAGGAAGGUGACAAACGCUCCUGUAUUUUAAUCGCUCAGAUAUCCCAGAGGAAAAUAAGGGGCUACUCGUAGUCUAUCCUCAGUAGUAUAUUAGGCAUAGAAUCAGCCUUUUUUGCGGUGGAAUCUUCGGUGGAAUACAUAAACGCUGAUGACGUCAUAACCUUUUUAUCUUUAUCUCAUGAAUUAAAUGCGGUUGAAUCUCUUUAAAGGGCUAAAAAUAGCACACGACCUUAUCUUAGAGCCAGUUUACAUCGAGGUGGAGGACCCUAGGUAGGUGAGGUAACCCGCUGCUGGUCACCGCAACAAUCAUGUAAACGCGGUCAAAUUAAAAUGGGACAUUAUUUGGACAGGCGGGUUACCUCACCUACCUAGGGUCCUCCACCUCGAUGUAAACUGGCCCUAAGAUAAGGUUGUGUGUUAUUUUUAACCCUUUGGACAGGUUUUCCCGUUAUUUCUUGGUAGAUGAAGGUCUUGCUUUUUGAUUGGUUGACGACUACGUGGAAGAACUAGGAAAAGUAUUCAUUGGUUGAUCCAGGUUGUUGAAGGAAUAAGCGCUGACUCGCCUGUGACGUAGUUAUGCAAGUUACAUUUCAUACCGCUUUCAUUGUUCAAUAAGUUGUUCAGGUUUAUUACGCGCGCAAAUCGUUAAUUUUUCAUGAGUACGAAGCCACACUAUCCAUUUCUAUCACGAAAAACGUUUUUCCACUUUCCCACAUCCCUUUUUCCUUUUCCACAUUUCAUUGUUUCACAUUGUUUCCUUCCACCACGACAACCACGUUUCUAUAGUUUUCUCUCGGCGCGAGGUUAUGGUGAACGUUGUGAAGAAAAGAAAACUUAACUUCGUAAAUCUCCUAACGUGAUUGGAAAGAAUUAUGUGACGAACCAAACGGAGGGCUGCUUAGAAGACUAUCCUCUUUACUUUUAUUCACACAGUAGUACUUGUUAGGCAGACUACGGAACUUUUUCUUUAUAUUCGUCCCCACACAAAAACGGGAAACUCAAGAUCUUUUUCUUUGUUUGUUAAUUAAAAUAUUAAAUAAAAUAACCAAUAAUUUACAAGUGCAUUAAUUAACUGGCUCAAAAUUCUCCUAAAAAAUUUCACUAUUUCAAGAAAGCUUUGUCAUUGGCCUCCACCUUAUUCUGUUUUAGGUUCCUAAGGUUGCCAAGCACUGGAAGGAAGUUAAAGAAAGCGGUGUUCUCUCCAUGGAACUGGUUGAUCUUGUGUUUUCCAACUUUCUCCUGAAGGGUGUUGCCAGGAAAGACAUUCUUGAUUUGAUGGAACGAUUUGGAUUGAUUGCAAAAUUUUCAUCUUCAAAGACAGGUGAAAAGUAUUUUGUUCCAUCUCAACUCAAAGCUUCGCCUGAUUCCCUUUGUUUUAUGGCGCCGUCAAGGCUGGACCCAUGUCCCCUGUAUGUUUACUUUGUCGGCGGUUCUGUUCCCCAUGGUCUGUUCACACGACUUGUUUCUCGAUCUGUCCGUUGGUGUUCUGAAACUGGUCCAACUCAGCCCCCUACCCUGUUCCAAAAUGGAGCGUGGUUUGUUAUUGGGAAGCAAACUUUCCACGAUUUUGUUCUUAUUUGUAAGAAGCAGUUUAUUAAGUUUUUUAUCAAACAAAGAAACCAAACUCAGCAGAUCUCAGUAGAUGACACAAGUAAGGUGGCGGUGCAGGUUCGUGAGUUUGUGGAGGCAACUUUCCAAGUUUUGUCACGUGAUCUCUAUAAAGGUGGAUUGCAGUAUCAUAUUCGGGUCGCCUGUCCGUAUUGUCAGCGGGAAAAAUGCUCAAGCCAUAAUCAGAUUGCAUGUUCUCAUGAAGAUUGUCUUCACCUCCUUGAGUUAAGACAAGGCGAUCCUCUGAUUUGCAAGAAGAAACCUGCAGGGGAGGUACUCACGGUUACGGGACAAGAACAGUGGUUCUCACAAAUAGAAAGCAAGGUAGGUAGUAGUGAAAUGCAAUCUCUAGCAGUGCUGUUGGCAGAUUACAUAUCAAUCGAAUACACAUACUACUUAAAAUUGUGUCUUCAUAAAGAGUAACCACUGUAGCCAUAUAUUUAAACUAAAGAAGCUUCAACAAAGUCCAUGGAUGUGCUUUGUUAAGGUUAUAGUACGAGGUUUAUCGUAUGCCUUUAUUUAUUAUAUACAUACUGAGAAAUACUCACCAAAAAGGUAUGUCUUAAAUUUUCGUACACAAAUUAGUUCUAGCCAAUCAGAGGAGCGAACGAUGGUUUUCACACGUGAAAAAAAUGAUACGUCCAAUCAAAAUCGCAAAUUAUGUUUUUUCACGUGUACAGAGGUGUGGGAGUUUCGCGCCAAAAUUUCCGCCAUUUAUUGCAGCUUGCUAAGCGCCGCUUCGCACACAUUCAACGAGAAAAGUUUUACUCAAAGAGUUUUUCUCGCUAAAAAAGUGAAAAGCUUUUCAGAAAUGGAGUGGAAUAGUUUCGUUUCUUUCACUGUUGAUAAAGAAAACGGUAGAGAGCCGGCAAAACAUCAGCGGAAAGGGAUAAACAGAACGGGACGUAAGCUUUUGUUGUGCUUUUUGUCGGAGCUACUUUGCCUUUCAUUUAAGCUUAAGCUUACAUUGAAACCGGCCAUUAUACUUAAAUUCACUCAUUUUCAAUUGUGCUUUGAGAACAAACUGUUACUUAAAGUUCUUGGAUUACCUCAUAUUCUCACCGUCAUUUAUGCUUUUAACAAACGUCUUUACUAAAAAGCUGAUAAUUUGUUUUCGUUGCCAUUUUUCGGUAAGUGUGUAGCGGCAAAUUUUAGCAUUUUUGAAAGAUUUAAAAUAAAAAGGCCGACAAAAUGAUGAAUGUCUCAGUAUGUGUAUAAUAAACACAAUACCACAUGGAAAGUGCUGGCGUACGGUAUUUACGCAAGCGGACUCGUCCCCAGUCGUCUCUCUUGAGAAAGGAGAGAAGCGCGGGGGGUGAUGGGAAGGAGGAAAGGGGAGAGACGACUGGCAGAUCCUGUUAUCAAGAUGGCGGACGAAUUAAUGGCGGACGGUGCUGAAAUUUUAAAUUUGGAAAACAGGCCGUUCCAUCGGGCCUAUUUGAGUCGCAAGUUACCUUGCCCUCAUAUUCCUUGUAGAGCCGAGCUCGGUCGAGCAUUUUUCGAGGAAACGGGGCUAGUUCAGCAUGUUAGAGUUUCUCCCUUCCCCUUUCCUCCUUCCCAUUUCCCCUCGCGCUUCUCUCCUUUCUCAAGAGGGACGACUGGGGACGAGUCAGGUACGCAAGCACUUCCCAUGAAGUAUUCUCUAUUUAUCCUACCACGAUCUCCACUGGAGUGUAAGAGAAUGCUUUGUUGCUAUCAACUUAGCAAACAUUGGUACUUCAAAUCAAGUAAGUUGAUAAGGUCAAUUGGCCACCAUGUAUUAAUAAUUGUUAUUGGUCUGUAGGCAUAGCAGUUGGCAUAUAAUUUUUUCUCAAGGUCAUUGUAAAUGUGCUGUUUUGCUUUGCGGUUGAGCAAUAAGUUUGUAGCAUCUACCGUGUUGAUAAAAUGUUUUGCAAACUUUCAUUCAAAAAGGUAGAAGCCCCCAGAUGCAACAUUUCUAUUUUAAAGUAUCCAAUUUUGGUUCCCAUGCAUGAAGCGUGUUCUCCAUCAUCAUCACCUGAUACUGCACAGGUUCGUCCAGAGUGUCUGGUACUGAAAGUUACCCUUCUAGCUAAUGAGUGGGGCUCGUCCAAGGGUGGCUUGUCAACAGUAAACAGGACUCUUGCCAUACAUUUGGCAAAAGACGAAAACGUAGAAGUGACCAUUCUUGUACCUGAAUUUGAGUGUGGAGAAAAAGACAAGAGAGUUGCCAAAAGUCAUAACAUUUCCAUCAGGGAAGCAGGGCAUCUACCUGGCUUUAGUGAUCCUCUCGACUGGUUGAGCUAUCCACCAGAAGACCUUGACAUUCAGGUUGUGAUCGGCCAUGGAGCAAAACUUGGUAGACAAGCUCAGAUUAUCAGAAAGUCUCAUCGAUGCAAGUGGGUGCAGGUUGUUCACACUGAGCCUGAAGAGCUGGCAAUGCAUAAGAACUAUCCAAGCGCCAUUGCCAAGGGAGAAGGGAAGAACAGAGCUGAAGUUGACCUUUGUCAAAUUGCAGAUCUCGUUGUAGCCGUUGGACCCAAGUUGAAAGAAGCGAUCUCGUCCCAGUUGCGUUCAACUCGUCAAGAAAUCUUUCAGUUAGUACCAGGUUCCUUUACAGAGUUUUCAGAUGUUGAGCAUUCUGAACAAGAGAAUGUAAAUUUCAAAGUGUUAACCUUCGGUCGCGGUGAUUUUGAAGACUUUAGUCUUAAAGGAUACGACAUUGCCGCUCAAUCCAUAGUUGAAUUGAAGGACAGCUCCUAUAGUCUUGUUUUCGUUGGUGCAUCCGAUGGAAGGCAGGAUGACGUCGCAGAAAUCUUACUCCAGACUGGCAUUUCAAAGAACCAGCUGAUUGUGAGAUCAUUUGUGAAAGACAAACAAAGAUUGAGAGAGUUGUUUUGUGAAGUCGAUCUGGCCAUCAUGCCAUCAAGAACCGAGGGGUUUGGUUUGACAGCAUUGGAAGCCAUGUCAGCUGGUCUUCCCAUUCUGGUAAGUGGAAACUCCGGAUUUGGAAAAGCACUGCGUGGUCUUCCAAUGGGUGAGUCAUUUGUGAUCGACUCUGAUGACCCCAAGGAAUGGGCAAAGGCAAUUACAGCCAUCCGUCAAAAAUCAAGGACACAGCGGCUUGAGGAAAUCCAAAGACUGCGAAGAUGUUAUGAUGAAAGAUUCAGUUGGGAGGGACAGUGCCAGACCCUUGUUGACAGGAUGUGGAGGAUGGUUUAUGGUAAGAAAUCAAAUUUACCGAUAGUAAAGUAA